AUGGCUAAACACUUUGUCACGAGUGGAAGCUUUAAAUCCCCGGUCCAUCACUAUAAUCUUCAGCACCCGACCUUCAGCGGCGGUGAAAUUUUUUUUUCGGGAGGAACUAGUAACGGGGACAGAAUUUUGAAACCGAAGACAGUUCGCUUGGAUUUCCCGUGCUUUGAUGCUGAGGAUGCAGAAACCUGGUGCUGUUGUGCAGAGCAGUUCUUUGAGUACUAUAGUACUCCGGAUGAACACCGCUUCCCCCUUUCUUCCUUCCAUAUGGAUGGUCGUGCACUUGUUUGGUUUCAGGAGUUGGGUGCUAGCAAUUCCAUCCGCUCUUUGAAGGAUUUUGUCUGUUCCUUGCAGAUCCGUUUUGGCCAAGGGUCUUACGAUGAUCCUAUGGAGACACUGUCCAAAUUGAAGCAAGAGGGCGCACUUGAGGAAUACAAGAAUCAGUUUGACACGCUGGCCCUUAAGGUGCAAGACUUACCAGAUUUCCACAAACUCAGUUGUUUUUUGGGAGGCCUUAAAGACGAACUCCAGGUGCCCGUGAGAAUGUUUAAUCCCAAGGCGCUGGUUGAUGCCUAUUCCUUGGCACGGAUAGGAGGAGUGUGUGAUGACUUCGAAAAGUUUAACCCGAAUUUGAACCCGCCAACAAGGGGCGGUCUACCUGAUCGGGAAGGACCUAAACUGAACCAAGCUUUGGUUUCGGUUCAGAAAAUAUCCCAGGCACAAAUAGAGGAUCGGAGGCGUAAAGGCCUCUGUUAUUCGUGUGAUUCUAAGUGGACAAUGGGGCAUGUAUGUGCUGUCCAGAAGCUCUUUAUCCUUGAGGUUUUGGAUGAGCAAGCCCCUGAUCCGGAGAAGGCUCUCGGACCUGCUGAGGAGGACCCGGGUGAAUUCUUUUUGGAAGAAUUCCCGGAGAUUUCAUUGAAUGCCAUUAUUGGCACUCCUCAUCCGAAGACUAUGCGUUUGGUUGGUUUUUUAAGAUUGCAACUGGUGGUUAUUUUGAUUGAUUCCGAUAGUACGCAUAAUUUUGUUGACACAAAAUUAGCGGCUACACUUGGCAUUCGACCCUUAGUGCAGGAUGCUAUUCGAGUGAAGAUUGCUAAUGGGGAGAAAAUUACUAGUCCAGGGUGUUGUAAGGAAGUGGAGGUGAAAAUACAAGGGUCCAGUUUCCGCACUGACCUAUUUAUCCUUCCUCUAGUUGGUUGUGAUGCCAUAUUGGGGAUUCAGUGGCUCCGCACCUUGGGGCCAAUCCCACUUCGAAUGGAAUUCCAGCAUAAGGGUGUUACUUGCAUUCUCCAAGGCUUGAAGCAGGGACCCCAACUAUGUGUGGAGGGAAGUGAUUCGUUUAGGCUACCUAAACAGAAGAGAAAGGGUGGACAACAUCUAUCACUGAGCCAGCAGGAAGUUCCACCUCCUGUGGUAGAGCCAAAGGCCCAGCCUGUUUCUGUUCGACCCUACCGCUAUCCUUUUUAUCAAAAGGAGGAAAUCGAGAAAAUUGUGAAGGAAUUGUUUCACAUGGGUGUUAUACGGCACAUCCACAACCUCUUUUCAUCCCCAGUCUUAUUGGUUCGGAAAGCCGAUGGCACAUGGAGGAUGUGCAUGGACUAUAGGGCUUUGAAUAAGGUAACUAUUAAAGAUAAGUUUCAUCUUCCUGUGGUUGAUGAAUUGUUAGAUGAGUUAUAG